AUGGAUCCUAAUGAACAUGACCCACAAGAUCCAUUAAGCACCCACACAGCCCGGUUAUCCAUCUGUCAAGCUGAUAUCGUUGAAGAAGACUCCAAUCCCAGACUUCAUGUUCGUGAUCUCUUAUUACGUGAGGAAACCAGUCAUCCAAAUCAUACACGUCGUGAUUCCGCCGUGUCAUUAAAUUCUUUCAAUGAUGAUGAUCCUACAUUGUCACCAAAUCUGAAAUUCCAUGUUCGACAAGAAAAAAGAAGAAGAAGUUCAGUUCAAAGUUUUUCAACUGCAAAUGGACAUAAAUCAAAGAAAGAAAAGGUACAUAAAAAGAAAUUAAAAAAGUUGAAUGAUCCACCUAAGAUUGAAUUAAAUUUGAGUGCAAUUCCAACUGAUAGUGGUGGUAGUAGUAUUGUAGAUGGAUCACCUAAAAGGUUCCCAUUUAGGAAUUUGCGUUUUGUCAUCUUGCAUAUAUUCAAAGCCUUGACAGGUCAUAAGCCGAAAUGGAUACAGACGACUAAUCAAGAGAAGAUCCCCACCGUAUGUGUAUGUCUUGUUCCAGGAUUACAAAUUGAAAAUAAAACCAGUGAUGAUGAACAACAAAUAUCAACAUCUGAAUUAAAACAAUAUCCAGAAUUGGAAUUUUUAUAUCUGACAUUUCCAAAUUAUAUAAAAACUAAUUCUCCAGGUUCAAAAGAUACGUUAUAUUCUCCAUUACAAUCAAUAACCAAUAUCCCAUUAUCCAAGAACGAAAAGAGAAUCAUAUUAGAAAAACUGAAACAAACCAAAAUUACCAUCUAUGAUUUAUUAAUGACUCCAUCCGAUCUUGAAACCCAUGGAUAUCCACUCGAAUUAGGUCCAGAUUGGAUAGAAACCAUCUCCUACCCCUCAAGCUCUGGCCCAACGGAAUCUCAUAUCUACGCGUUAGAUUGUGAAUUCUGUAAAGCGGGCGAUAGUCACGUCCUUACCCGAGUCUCAUUAAUCGAUUUCAAUGGCACGGUAGUAUUUGAUAAAUUCGUGAAACCAGCCCAAGAAAUAACCGAUUAUGUUACUAAAUAUUCCGGAAUAACCGAAGAAAAAUUACGUGAUGUGACAACUACUCUAUCUGAUAUCCAACAAUUAUUUCAAUCAACCGUGUAUAAACAAGAUAUAUUAAUUGGACAUAGUUUAGAUUCCGAUUUGAAUGUGAUGAAGAUUAAACAUGAUAAUAUUGUCGAUACGGCGGUCAUAUUUGAACAUGUCCGAGGUCCACCAUCUAAACCAUCCUUGAAAUGGUUGGCUAAGACUUAUUUGGAGAGAAAUAUCCAAACCGGGGAAACUACAGGUGAGGGACAUUCUUCAGUUGAGGAUGCAAAAGCGUGUUUGGAUCUUGUGAAGGCGAAGAUUUUGGAAGGGAAAUGUUUUGGAAUGAAUGUGAAUGAGAUCUCAAUCUUUCAACGUCUUGCCAAAAAUCAUGAAACUAAUAGAAAGCCCGGGGAUGAUUAUGAUUUUAAAUCACUUUGGUUGGGAUAUAGUCAAUAUAAAGAUCAGGAAACAUAUGUUGAACCAGAAGAUUAUCAUGUCACGCAUGAAUAUGUUAAUAAUGAUGAUGAAAUGAUUGAUAAGUUUGAGGAAUUGAGUCCUGGGAAACGAUUUAUUGUUAUGAGUUUACGAGAGAUGGAAUAUAAUUGGAAAUGGUCAACUCCACCACAGCAUUAUAAUGGAGAAUUAAAUGAAGGUAUUGAAAAAGAGGAAUUAUAUGGACGAACUAAUGAUAGAUUGAAACGAGUCUAUGAGGCAUUACCGGAUCAUUCAUUAAUGAUUGUAUGUACACAACUGAAUAGUCCAUUGGAAAUGUAUCAAUUACAAAAUGUGAGGAAAAAUUUCCAAAAAUUGGAUAGAGAAGGGGUUGAUGUAACUAAGUUACCAAAAGAGGAACUGUGGGAUAUUGAGAAACAGAAUGAGUUAAUUGAUAAGACUACAAUGGCUAGAGAGUCCUUGAUCUUUAUGACUCUUAAGCAACCAAAACCCACACAAAGCAAUGUAGAUUAG